AUAUAGACUUACGAUGAAGUGAUUAAUCCCGAAGACCAACAUCGUUUGACAUAAAAAGGGGCAUAAGUGGGAAAAUCACGGAUAGAGGGCAACUGUCUUGUCGAGCAAGGAGCCAAGGAAGAAGACGGUUUGCACUACCGCUCAACUCUUGCUUCAUACAGCUGUUUUGUUCGGGAAUAUGGAGCGAGGGGAGUUGACAGAGCAGGAAACUGCCAUCUAUGAUCGUCAGAUUAGGGUUUGGGGCGUUGAUGCUCAAAGACGCCUCAGUAAAGCUCAUGUGUUUGUUAGUGGACUCAAAGGGACUGCUAUAGAGUUCUGCAAAAAUAUUGUUUUAGCUGGAGUUGGUAGUUUGACGCUGAAUGAUGAUCGCAUGGUGACCGAGGAAUUACUUUCUGCUAAUUUCCUCAUUCCCCCAGAUGAAAAUGUUUUCGGUGGGAAAUCUGUUGCUGAGCUCUGUUGUGAUUCUUUGAAAGAAUUCAACCCUAUGGUUUAUGUUUCUGUCCAAAAAGGUGAUUUGUCAAGUUUUGAUGCUGAAUUCUUUGAUAAGUUUGACGCUGUUGUUAUCAGCCACUGCUCUCUUUCAACAAAGAAAUCUGUAAAUGCAAAGUGUCGAAAGUUGUCAAAGCGCAUUGCUUUUUACGCCGUGGAUGUUAGAGAUUCUUGUGGUGAGAUUUUCAUUGAUUUGCAGAGCUACACCUAUUCUAAGAAAAAAUCGGAAGAAAUGAGUGAUUGCCAACUGAACUAUCCAAGUUUUGAGGAAGCUAUUGCAGUCCCAUGGAGAGGUUUACCUAAGAGAAUGGCAAAGCUAUUCUUUGCUAUGAGAGUCAUAGAAAGGUUUGAAGAGUUUGAAGGGGGUGAACCUGGAAUGGCAUCUAAUGAUGCUGACCUCCUAAACGUUCAGAAAUUGAGGAAGGAACUCUGUGAGGCUCAGGGUUUGAGUGAAUCUCAAAUUUCUGAUUCCCUCUUGAAACGAUUGUUAAGAGGUACAAGAGAGUUUCCUCCCGUUUGUGCCAUCAUCGGCGGAAUUCUUGGACAGGAGGUGAUUAAAGCAAUAUCUGGCAAAGGUGAUCCAAUUAAGAAUUUCUUCUUUUAUGACGCCAUGGAUGGCAAAGGCAUAAUAGAAGAUGUAUCUGACAUCAAGACUGAAUGCUUGCCGGCUAAGAGAACAGCUGAGAUUCUCUAGGCAUAGAUAUUCUGUAACCUAACUACAUUUUGUAUCAGAAAGUUUUUGUAAGUUAAACCUUAGAAGAGAUGACAGCCAUGUUGAUUGCUGAUUCAUUAGUUACGUGUUUUUGUACGAUGUGGUUAAAAGUAGAAGAACCAAACUAUUUAAGGUUGUGUUUUUAGAUACUUAACAAAAGAAGGCACAGUUGAUUCCUCUUCUGAAUAUUGCCAAGUUCUGUGACA